UUCUGCGCUCGCGUGGUCAUCAUGGAGGCGCUGCCGCUGCUAGCCGCGACAACUCCGGGCCACGGCCGGCACCGAAGGCUGCUUCUGCUGCCGCUACUGCUGUUCCUGCUGCCGGCUGGAGCUGUGCAGGGCUGGGAGACAGAGGAGAGGCCCCGGACCCGCGAAGAGGAGUACCACUUCUGGGGUGGACAAGUGUACCCGGGAGAGGCAUCCCGGGUAUCGGUCGCCGACCACUCCCUGCACCUAAGCAAAGCGAAGAUUUCCAAGCCAGCGCCCUACUGGGAAGGCACAGCUGUGAUCGAUGGAGAAUUUAAGGAGCUGAAGUUAACUGAUUAUCGUGGGAAAUACUUGUUUUUUUUCUUCUACCCACUUGAUUUCACAUUUGUGUGUCCAACUGAAAUUAUCGCUUUUGGCGAUAGACUUGAAGAAUUCAAAUCUAUAAAUACUGAAGUGGUAGCAUGCUCUGUUGAUUCCCAGUUUACCCAUUUGGCCUGGAUUAAUACCCCUCGAAGACAAGGAGGACUUGGGCCAAUAAGGAUUCCACUUCUUUCAGAUUUGACCCAUCAGAUCUCAAAGGACUAUGGUGUAUACCUAGAGGACUCAGGCCACACUCUUAGAGGUCUCUUCAUUAUUGAUGACAAAGGAAUCCUAAGACAAAUUACUCUGAAUGAUCUUCCUGUGGGUAGAUCAGUGGAUGAGACACUACGUUUGGUUCAAGCAUUCCAGUACACUGACAAACAUGGAGAAGUCUGCCCUGCUGGCUGGAAACCUGGUAGUGAAACAAUAAUCCCAGAUCCAGAUGGAAAGCUAAAGUAUUUCGAUAAACUGAAUUGAGAAAUACUUCUUCAAGUUAUGAUGCUUGAAAGUUCUCAAUAAAGUUCACGGUUUCAUUACCAAAAAAAAAAA